AUGUCUCCCCGUCUCAUCAGAGGCCAUGCAUUCUUUCCCCGGUACCAUGACCCGCUUGAUCUGGAUCAGCUUAAGAAACUCCACAUCAGCCACACCCUGCCUCCCGUCAAACCUGCCAUACGGCAAUAUUUCGAGAAGGCGGACCCUGCCGACCAUGACUGGCGAAACAAGCCUGAGUUUCCCGCGUCAGAAGAGAUUCUGGGAACUGCUACGGAAACGGAAGAUGUCUUGCUCGCACCGAACAAGAUCUCUGGUCGUUGGUCCUCAACGGAAGAAUACCUCACAACGCACUACAAUCUGGUCCGCGAAGAUGCAGUAGCGCCUCUGAGAGAUGCGGUCACUUUUGUUCGAGAGGACCCUUCUAUCAUGGAUACCAAGGAUGUGUUUACCUACGAAAAGGUCUACAUCAUCGGCGCGACUUUCGCCCAUCGCGGCCUGGCACUUCGCAUGCGCUUUUCGACACGGCGUGCGGGGAAGAAAAUCAUGUGGAAGUACUCAAAGAGACUCGUUGCUGGCUCCGUUGUUGCUCUGUCUCCCGUCCAGGACUGUUUCGAUACGAAGUGCAUCGUGGGCGUGGUCGCUGCCAGACCUCUGGAGAAUAUCACCAAGGAGCCGCCUGAGAUUGACAUCUUCUUUGCACGACCUGAGCAAACUGAAUUCGAUCCUCAGCAGGAAUGGAUCAUGGUUGAAGCCGGCUCGGGUUACUACGAGGCCUACAGACACACCAUGAAAGCGUUGCAGAAGCUGUCUUCUGAAAGAUUUCCCCUGAAUGAGCAUAUAUGCGCACUCGAGCCUCGCAUCUGCGCCCCGGAAUACGUGGAGGCAGAGCCGAUGGUCGAUAUUCGGGCUCUGUCGCAGGUACCCAGCGAACAAAGCAAAAAGGUCAAUGUUCUUGGGCAGUGGCCGACCUCGCCAAUGGCUGGACUAGACCCUAGUCAAUGGCAGGCUUUGAAGGUGAUGUUGACUAAAAAUCUCGCAAUUGUACAAGGUCCGCCUGGAACUGGCAAAACCUACGUCUCUGUCGUUGCACUCAAGGUUCUUCUUUCAAACAUGACGUCGGGUGAUCCGCCAAUCAUCAUUGCUGCGGAGACAAACCAUGCCCUUGACCAGGUCCUUACCCAUGUCUCCAGAUUUGAGAGCAACUACAUUCGAUUGGGUGGAAGAAGUAAUGAUGUCGAGAUUCGGAAAAGGACACUGUAUGAGGUCAGGAUUUCGGCACCACCGAAAGAGGUAGAUGGCGGACUGUCUGGACCUACCAGACGAGAGCAUCGGAUACUCGUCAAUCAAUUGGUUGAGCUUCUCAAGCCUUUCAAUCACGAAAAUGGCAAAAACCCAAUCCCAGCCGACGCUUUUUCCAAGCACGGUUUGAUCAAUGAAGCCCAAUUACUCUCUCUUGAGCGAGGUGCGAGUGCGUGGAUUCGUCCGGAUACCGAGAAGUGCGAUCUGUUCGCAGCGUGGCUUGGUGAUCAGCUGGUGGCUUUUGACGUCGACUACUCACGCGAGUCAUUCGGGUUUGUCGAGAAUGAGACUGAUCUAGAGUACGAGGAGCUCAAAGAGAUUGAGGCGGAACAUGGCUUGGAAGAAGAUGAUCUGGAAGUUCUGAAAGGCCGAUUCGUCCAUCUGCGGGAAGCGUUCCGCAUUCAAGGACAGGGUUCGGUCUCCGAGGUUGCAGUAGCUCAGUAUCUGAGGUCUAAGGACUUGUGGAGUAUUCCGAGCAAGUUUCGCGGGUCCAUCUACAAUAUCCUGCGAAAUAAACUGCUGCAGAUGCUUACCAGCAAACUUCGGAAGCUGGCAGUAUCCUAUGCAGCAACCUGCGAAAAAUCCCGGAUCGGAAGAUGGGAGAAGGACUAUUAUAUUCUGCAGAGCGCCAAAGUGAUUGGGAUGACGACAACCGGCUUGAGCAAGUAUCGUGGUCUGCUCUCAAGCUUGAACCCUCGCAUUGUUCUGAUUGAAGAAGCAGCCGAGUGCAUUGAAGCACCAAUUGCUGCUGCUUGCUUUGACUCUUUGCAGCAGUUGAUCCUGGUUGGUGACCAUCAACAACUGAAGGGUCACUGUGCUUUGCAAGAUUUGGCAUCCGAGCCCUUCUUCCUCGAGAUUUCAAUGUUCGAGCGCCUAGUCAACAACGGCAUCCCUUACAUCAUGCUCCGAGAACAACGGCGAAUGGCAACAGAGUUCCGUAAGUUGUUGACUCCCAUCUAUGGGGAGCUUAUCGAUCAUGCCUCUGUCCAGAGCCUCGCCUCCGUACCAGGAAUGGGCGACCUCCGCUCUUUCUUCUUUAACCACGAUUGGCCUGAGAGCAAUGACAGCCUCGCCUCGAAGCUCAAUGAGAGGGAGGCAUCGAUGGUGGUUGAAUUUUUCGCCUACCUUGCGCUGAACGGCGUACCGGUCCAAAACAUCACUGUCUUGACAUUUUACAAUGGUCAGAGGAAACUGAUUCUGAAGAUUAUGAGGACACAUCCAUAUCUGUCCAAGCACCUCGUGAAAGUGGUCACAGUCGAUUCCUACCAGGGAGAAGAAAAUGAGAUUGUCCUGUUGUCUUUGGUUCGCAGCAGCCAGCAUCGAGGUAUCGGGUUUCUUUCGGUAGAUAGCAGAGUCUGCGUGGCCCUGUCUCGCGCAAAGUGUGGAUUCUACAUCUUCGGAAAUGCAAACAAAGUUCUCAAUGAGAGCCCGCUAUGGAACAAAGUUGUGCACCUGAUGUGCGAGGAAGCCGUUAGACCACGUCUGGGCUCCCAGUUGCCCUUGAAGUGCCAGAGUCACGGCAAGGAAACGCUCAUUACGGAGCUCAGUGACUGGACUACCAUCAACGGAGGCUGCAGCGAUCCAUGCGGGGAUACCCUGGCAUGUGGCCAUAAAUGCCCGAUUCAAUGCCAUGCUUUCAGCCACGAAUGGGUGUCUUGCAAUCUGGUUUGCAACCAUGUUCGACAAUGCUGUGGUGUCGCCUGCUCACGAAAGUGCGGCGUUGACCAUGAUCAUCCUUGUGGCUGCGAAUCAGAUACAACAAGCGACGAUAAUGCGGCCAAUGUGCUCACACCGGAAGCUUCAGUCGAUGUGAGUGAUGAUGCUGAACCCAAAGAAGAUCCCAUGGCUGUUGCCAGGAACAAAUGGAAGGAAUUCGCGAAUGGUGGGGCUCGGGUUCAGGACAUGGAUCUGGCCACGCUCGCCCACGCCGACAAUCCUUAUUCAGAGGAGGUGCAGCAGGCUAUGAAGCGUGUUGAGGCGCGAUUUAUUCCCAAGGCGCUGAGGGAGAAAAUGAAGCUUGUCGACAUUGAGACAGUCCUGUCAACUGCUGUCGCAACUCCAGUGGAUGCGGUUGCAGGGCAUUUACUCGAUUGA